GCAGGUGCUGAGGGAUCCAGUCUCUAUCACCUGUGGACACAGGUUCUGCAGACAGUGCAUCACCAGAUACUGGGAGAAACCUGCUCCUUCAGGAGACUAUGACUGUCCUCAGUGUAGAAAGAGAUCCAGAACACAUCCUGUUCUACAGCACCUGAGUGAACCCAAUGAUGCAAGAGGCUCUGAAAUCAUGGAUGACAGCCUGCAGAGAGCUAUAGUAAACCAUAAAGACAGCCUGAAAAGGAGGUAUGAAUGUGUGAUAGAAGGCAUUAAAAAAGCAGGAAAUCAAACUCCCCUCAAUAGGAUUUACACAGAGCUCUACAUCACAGAAGGAAAGAGCGAAGGGGUUAACAAUGAACAUGAGGUUUGGCAGCUAGAGACAGCACCCAGGACACCAACCUCACAUGACACAGCAAUCCACUGCAAUGACAUCUUUAAACCCUUACCUGGCCAAGAGAGAAGCAUCAGAACUGUGCUGACGAAGGGCAUCGCUGGCAUCGGAAAAACAGUCUCUGUCCAGAAGUUCAUCCUUGACUGGGCUGAAGGGAAGGCAAACCAAGAUGUGGAAAUCAUAUUUGUGCUUCCUUUCCGGGAGCUGAACUUGAUCAAAGAUCUCCAGUACAGUCUUCUCAGACUUUUAAUUGACUUCCACACGAAACUAAACAUAGGCAAUGCAAAGAAACUCACUGCCUGUAAAGCUAUGUUCAUCUUUGAUGGUUUGGAUGAAAGCAGACUUCCAUUGGAUUUCCAGUGCAACAAAAUGGUGUCUGAUGUCACACAGACAUCAUCUGUAGAUGUUCUGCUGACAAACCUCAUCAAGGGGAAUCUGCUUCCCUCUGCUCUCCUUUGGAUAACCUCCCGACCAGCAGCAACUAAUCAGAUCCCCCUUCAGUGUGUUGACCAGGUGACAGAGGUACGAGGGUUCAAUGACCCACAGAAGGAGGACUACUUCAGGAAGAGAUUCAGUGAUGAGGACCUGGCCAGCAAAAUCAUCUCACACAUAAAGACAUCAAGGAGCCUCCACAUCAUGUGCCACAUGCCAGUUUUCUGUUGGAUUUCUGCAAUAGUCCUUGAACACAUGUUGAGCACAGACAAGAGGAGAGAGAUGCCCACGACUCUGACUGAGAUGUUCACACACUUCGUGCUCAUUCAGACCAACCUGAAGAACCAGAAGUAUCAUGGAAGAGAUGAGAUGGAUCAAGAGGAGCUCAUGGAGUCGCAUAAGGAAGUUCUUCUGAAGCUGGGGAAGCUGGCAUUUGAAAAUCUGGAGAAGGGUAAUCUCAUGUUCUAUGAAGAAGACCUGAGAGAGUACGGCAUUGAUGUCAAAGAAGCGUCAGUGUACUCAGGAGUGUGCACACAAAUCUUUAAAGAAGAGUCUGUGUUACUUCAGAGAGAGUCUGUGUUUUUUCAGAGAGUGGUGUACUGCUUUGUGCAUCUGAGCAUUCAGGAGUUUCUCUCAGCUGUCUACAUGUACCAUUGUUACACAACCAAGAACAUGGAUGCACUGAAGCCCUUCCUCAAGAGAAAGUCUAGAGCUGCGUCUGAAGAGCUAACCUUGCAUGAGCUGCUGAAGAGUACCGUGGAUAAAGCCUUAGAGAGCAAGAACGGACACCUGGACCUCUUUGUCCGCUUCCUUCAUGGCAUGUCACUGGAGUCCAAUCAGAAACUCCUACGAGGUCUGGUGACACAGACAGAAAGCAGUCCAGAGAGCAUCCAGAAAACAAUCCGAUCCCUUAAGGUGAUGCAGAGGAAGAACAUCUCCCCUGAGAGGUGGAUCAAUCUCUUCCACUGUCUGAUAGAGAUGAAAGACCAUUCAGUACAGGAGGAAAUCCAAGAGUACUUGAGGUCAGAGAAAAGAUCUGUAAACCUCACACUUGCUCAGUGUUCAGCGCUGGCCUACAUGCUGCAGAUAUCAGAGGAGGUUCUGGAUGUGUUUGACCUGAAAGAAUACAAGACAACACAGGAGGGUCGUAGGAGACUGCUCCCAGCUGUGAGGUGCCGCAGAAAGGCUCUACUCACUGGCUGUAAACUCACAGACACAUCCUGUGAAGUGUUGGCCUCAGUUCUCAGCUCAAACUCCUCAUAUCUGAGAGAGCUGGAUCUGAGUAACAAUGACCUGAAGGAUUCAGGAGUGAAGCUUCUCUAUGCUGGACUGGGAAAUCCCCACUGUAAACUGGAGACUCUGAGGCUGUCAGGCUGUCUAGUCACAGAGGAAGGCUGUGCUUCUCUGGUGUCAGCUCUGAGGUCAAACCCCUCACACCUGAGAGAGCUGGACCUGAGCUACAAUCACCCAGGAGUCUCAGGAGUCAGAAUGCUCUCUGCUGGACUGGAGGAUCCACUCUGCAGACUGGAGAAACUCAACGUUAAACCUGGAGGAGUGAACACAAUCAAACCAUGGCUUAGAGAAUAUGCCUGUGAUCUCACAAUGGACCCAAACACAGUAAACAGAUACCUCUCUCUGUCUGAGGAGAACAGAAAGGUGACAUGUAGGAGAGAGAAGCAGCCGUAUCCUGAUCACACAGAGAGAUUUGAGGACUGUAAACAGGUGCUGUGUAGAGAGGGUCUGACUGGGCGCUGUUACUGGGAGGUAGAGUGGAGUGGAAUAGGGGCUUACAUAGGAGUGACAUAUACAGGAAUCAGCAGGAGAGGAAGGAGUAAUGACUUUGUGAUUGGAUACAAUGACAAGUCCUGGACUCUGGACUGCUCUGAUAACAGUUACAUGGUUUGGCACAAUGGUAAUCCCACUCCCAUAGACGUCUCCUCCUCCAGCUCCCACAGAGUAGGAGUGUAUCUGGACUGGCCAGCCGGCACUCUGUCCUUCUACAGAGUCUCCUCUGACACACUGACCCACCUGUACACAUUCCACACCACAUUCACUGAGCCCCUCUAUCCAGGGUUCAGGCUUUGGUUUGACAGCUCAGUGUCCCUGUGUCAGGUGGUCUCUGUGUCAAACACACUGGAGCAACAAUCUAGAAUAGCUCUCUAGUGUGUAAACAUAUGAUUGUAAAUAUUCAUGAAUACACACCAUUGAAGUUGACAGUCAUUGUCAACUAGAGUCAUUCAUUAAUAGAAUGAAUCACCACACUGUGUUGUAAAAACUGUUUUCAUUUACAAAUCAUUGAUCUGGUUGUUAUUGGGCUUCUUGGUGUUUGUAAAUAUUGUUGUCUGUAGAAUGUUUAUUUGUCAAAUUCUUGACACAACCAUCUUGUUUCUGUAUGAACUCAAUUCCACUGAAUGAAAUGUACAUGUGUCAGAUUUGAUGCCUAUAAUUUAAUGCCUAUAACAUGCCAUGUAAAGUGUUACCAUGCGAUUUCUGUGAAAAAAGCUUGAAAUGAUGGGAGGUCAAAGAUCAUGAGUAUUUUAUGUCUGUGUUUCUCUCAGUCUCUGUCUGUCUCUAACCCUAGUUGUCAGUAAAGAAAACUGUUAUCUGA